CCACUACAAAUCAAGCCCAGCGUCAUAUUUUAUCGCGCCAGUCACACGGGACUACUUUCGUAAACGCAUGCGCAAUCUAUAUAAAACACAAGUUAUAAAACUUCUAUCAUUUAAUCUUCGCUGUGUUAAGGAGGCGGGUAACAGAGAUAUUGGAAAGGAACUUCACGUGGUCAACCAAUGCUGAUAUAAAUAUGCUUUUGAUAGUACAUUUAGAAAGAAGAUAACGGUUUACAAACAGAUUCUUAAACAGCUUAGAAGAAUCUAUAUUCACUUUAAAUUAGCUUUGGAUAUUCAACUAAACUGCAGAAAAUUUCUUUGCAUUUCAAAACUUAGUUUUUAACUGUGGUAAACAAGUUAAUUGUUUAAUCUAAGUUUUAAUACCUUUUAUUGUUUUCUCGUGCUUUACUGACAUACAGAAUACAAAUACAGAACUAUGGAGCUUUCAAAAUCAAAAUCGUACUUGAAUGUCUGUUUGGUUGUAGUAUUUUUGUUAGGAGUUUUGACGAACUUUUCAAAAGCAGUUUCACCGGACCAACUUCAAACCGCAGGAUGGCCAGAACAGGUAGAUCUAGACUCACAGUUGCAAAAGGCUUUUAGAGAAGAACUUCGAAAAGAGCUGGCUGAAUUUACCGAAAAGGAGGAACAGAUCGUAGAAAAAAUACGAGAAUUAUACAAAGAGCGGGAAAAUAUCAGGACAAUGAAACGAGGGCACACACAAUGCUUCUUGAAUCUUGUUUCAUGUUACCGUAAACGGAAAUAGAUUACCUCAGCCGCACUUGCGCAGAACAAUCAUCAAAUGAUGAUUUACUAUUGUGAUAAAGUCUUUAUCAUGAAGCUUAUUUUUCUAUCAUUCAGAUGGCUACAUUCAUUUGUAUAUCAGUGUCUUUAAAUGAACAUUUGGCAAAUUCUUCUAUCGUCACAUAUGCAUGUGACAUAUAUUAAACAUCGGCUGGUUCUAGUUGACGUACUGACGUAAUGGGUUUCUUGAAAAGUUUAUAAUAAUCCGCCGUACAAUGGACGCCAUCAAAAGUUACAAAAGUGCAAAUGCCAGUACAGUUAGUACUUUCAAAUCAAUCAUAAAGAAAAGAAAAUAAUUGCCUUUAAUUUUGGACGUUGUACUUUACCGUUGUUUUUAUUUCAGAACUUUGAAAGACAAAAAGUUAAAUAAUUCAAUAGACAAUGAUUAAAUUGUUUAAUUUGUUUAUUCUUUUAGAUCGAAAUCGCAUUCAUGUCAUAAAAAUUCUUUCAAUAAAUAAUGAGAAAUUUGU